AUGCAAAAGUUUCAAAUUAAAAAACGAUUCGAAAAUAGUUCAUCAAGUGUGGAAGUGAGAAAUCAACAAUCGUCAAUGGCGGUCGAUAUUUUGGAUAAAGACCACUUCGCGGUGAGUGCAAUCGUCACCGUUGGUAUGCAAAUUAUAUUCUUCACAAUUGCGGCGACCUUCCAGUUGGACAAGCUAACAGAUUUUGCCGGCGGCACGAACUUUAUCAUCCUCGCCCUUCUCACUUUCUUUCUCGGCCAAGUAGGCAAGCCUUAUGACAGUAGACAACUUAUGGUCACUAUAUUUGUUUGCUUGUGGGGUGUUCGUCUUUCUGGAUAUCUAUUAUAUCGAAUUAUUAAAAUUGGUCGCGAUAAAAGAUUUGAAGAUCGUCGCAGUAAUGUGAUUCGUUUUGCUGUAUUUUGGACAUUUCAGGCUGUAUGGGUCUAUGUUGUGAGUUUACCAGUAAUUAUCAUUAAUUCACCGCGACACAAAAUACCACCAGCUCCUAAAACGAUGACAACCCUAGACAGCACUGGUACGGGACUUUUCGUAACUGGUUUAUUAGCUGAAACUUAUGCCGAUUUACAGAAAUUUUCUUUCAAACAAGAUCCAGUGAAUAAUGGCAAAUGGUGUAAUGACGGAUUAUGGAGAUUAUCUAGACAUCCAAAUUAUUUUGGAGAAAUAGUAGUAUGGUGGGGUAUCUUCGUAAUAUCUUUGAAUGUAAUCGAAGGCAUUGAAUGGAUUGCUAUAGCUUCUCCAAUAUUCACUACUUUCAUCAUUCUAUUCUUAUCUGGAAUGCCUCUAUUGGAAAGAGCUUCCGAUGAGAGAUAUCGUGAUAAUGCCGAAUAUCGCUAUUACAAACUAUCUACAUCGCCAUUAAUACCAAUACCACCAUCCAUAUAUGUUGAAGUGCCUCAUUUCCUAAAAUUUCUUUUCUGUUGUGAAUUUCCACUUUAUGAUUCGUUAGACGUAAAACCACGAUCAGCUGUCACUGAAUCAACAUCAAUAAGUCUUGCUGCGUCUACGUAGCUAUAGUCACACGCCGGACAACCGAAUUCAAAGUCCGGCGUGCAGUCAUCUAUGACUAGCACAGCCUUUUAAGGCUACUAUAAUUCUUUGCAUUUUAUUGUUCGCAUCGUCUUUCAUUAUUCCAUUCGGUUAAGAAUAAUAACUUAGUAGUUAUGCAAGUAAAAUUCUACGUAAUUAGAAAUUGAAAUAAAUUGAAAAAGCAUAUAUUAUGUCAUUUAAAUGUUAAUAUGUUGCAAUUGCAUUUUUUACAUUUUUUAAAUUGAAAAUAUUGAUG